CUCGGUUAUUCACAAACACAAUUGAAACCAAAGAGAAUAAGAUAAUGGCUAAAACUAGUUGAGCUAAUUAAAUGAUUUACUAUAUAAACAAAUGAUCAAGUAAAGUAUGAAGAUGGACAGGUUCAAUUCUCGAAAUGGUUUUAAACAUUCUUGCAUAGCCCUCAAAACUGGUUAAUUGCUGAGAAGCUGUUCACUUUGUCCAUUGGGAAACCGGUUAUUUUGGUUACCUUGUUUCUGUCUCUUAUUAUUUUCAAUUCAACUUUCCAUUUUGAAGCUCAUCUUAUUCAAUCUUUCCUUUCGUUUAAAUUCAUCUCUUAAUCAGUGAAUCAAGACCAGCUAAAACCUUAUUAGUUAUGUAAAGCUUGUAAUAACCCAUAUUUUCAACCAGUUUUAUCAACACAUGUAAAUGUCCCAUCAAUUUGGCCAAAUCAAUCAUUCAUCAUAUAAUCAAAUAACAAAGGAUCUUGGUUGUAGGUUUGUCAACAAACCAGAGUUCUGGUAAAAUUUGUCAUCAUAAACAACACCAGUUACAACAACAAUCAUGUUACACGAAGACAAGUCACUGUUAGCCGAAGAAAACUAUGAAUCACUUACUGGAGCAUCAAAUGAAAUUGCAAUUGACAUUGAUAAUGGCGAAGACGAAACAUCUGGUCCCCAAAGUAUCGUUCAGCAAUCAUUUAUUUCUGGUAAUGAAGAACAUCGAUCGUCAAUUAAACCAUUCGAAGUGCUAACCGCAAUCAGAGAGCCAAUAUUAAUCAAAGAAACAUCAACAUCAGUUGAGCCUCGGUAUUAUGGAUCAAAGCCAGAACAAUUUGAUAUUGGUGUUCGUAUAAUAGAAGCAGCUCAACUUCCAGGUCUUGAUAUCAACCCAAUGGUUCGUUUAAUGGUCGGUGAUCGUAAAAAGUCAACAGCAACCCAAAAGUCAACUCUUAGUCCAUUUUGGGAUCAAUAUUUUGUCUUCUCUUUCAACCAACCACGAUUAGAAAUAUUUCAAAAAGUAAUCUCUGCAACGGUUAUUGAUUCCAAGGGAUUGCUGAAAUCAGACGAGAUCAUUGGAUCAUUUUCCUGUGAUAUUGGAACAGUGUUUAGUCAACCAGGACACUGUUUUCAUAGAAAAUGGGCAGUUCUUACGGACCUGGAAACAAAUGAACCCAGAGGUUACCUAAAGUUAGAUUUAACAGUCUUGUUUAAAGGAGAUAGUUCAUCAGAUGAACCAGCAAGCGAUAAAGAAGAUGAAGAAGAAGCUGAACCAGAAUCAGAUGAAUCUGAAAUAGAAUCAAAUCUGCUGUUACCUGUAGGUGUUACUGAUAGACAAUCGAUUAAACUAGUAAUAAAGAUUUAUCGGGCUUAUGGACUAACUAGAUCAGAGUCAACGGUUAAAAAGGCUCUCAAUUUAAUCUCAUCUUCGCCUAAAUCACCUGAUGCCUACGUAACAGUUACAUUUGCUGGCUCUACUGGACGAACAUCAACAAUCAAAAAGUCAUCCUCCCCUGUUUGGAACCAACAGAUUACAUUUGUUGAUAUGUUCCCAACUUUCUUCCAGAAUAUCAAAUUUGAGAUCAAAGACGAGGAACUGGGCACAGAUGGACUUUUGGCAACUCACUUUUUACCCUUAAAUUAUAUAGCAAGUGAAGGACAAGAUGGUUAUUUACCAACAUUUGGUCCGACCUUUAUUAACCUUUAUGGUGCUUCAAGAGAGAGCUCAAACUCAGAUAGUAAAGCUUUAUCAACUGGAUUAGAAGAAGGUGUUGCCUAUGUUGGCCGAAUUUUGAUUGCCAUCACAACAGAAUUUGUUGAUUUGAUUUCACCUGAUUUAGCAAGGGUUUCCAUACAGAAUAUCAAUGAUCUAAACGAAAGUAUUCUUGGACCUAAAAAGGAGUUUGCACUCUUUGGUAUGCUCAACUCGGUUUCAAGGAUUGAUCCUCGUUACGCUGAUAAAGGCAUCAGUCUUGAAUUACAUAUGGGUGAUCCUGAUGAUAUUGAUGGUGACGGUAAAAUUGAUGAGGCUGAUAAAAAAGCCAGAGCCAAAUAUCGAGGAAUUUCUGUAGCAAUAAAGCCAGCAAGAUGUUUCUCUAAUAGUCGUAAAGAGAUUGCUUUCCAUUUACCUUUGGACAAUUUUAAGCCAAUUGUUUUCCAUCGGUUCAGUUGGAUCGACGAUACUUGGAGACUUUUCUUGUCAAAUAGACUAUUCAGAAUUGCAAGAAAUCUUGCAACUGGACUUGCUGAUGUUGAUGCAUUGACUGUUACUCGUGAAUUUGAUGCAGCCUGUCGAUUACUUGGUGUUCUCAAUCAAUUCAUUGAAGAUUGUUCUAGUUUCUUGCGUUAUUUAUCUAGUCUAGUCGAACCACCAGGAAGAUCAAUAUUGGACGAUAAAAAAGUGAUUCAACAGCGAGAAAAAAUUGAAACAUUAUCCAGAGAAGCUUCAUCAAUGAGAGAUUCCCUUGCAACUGUAAACAUUGUCCCGAUAGCACAAGCUUUAUUGUCAUUUGUAAAUGAACUUAACGAACUCUCAACCCUGCUCCACAUAACUUUUCCAGAUCUAUUUUUAUCAAUGUUGGUUGAUGGUAAACGAGUAGCUCAAGCUCGUAUCCCAACUCGAGAUAUUGUAUACUCGCCUGAAUUGGAUAGCAGAGGCAUUUACUCGGCAAAAUUUAGAUCAAUGCUACUUCGAGCAGCAGGCCAACCUAAUGGACAGAUUCGAGCUCAAGUUGAUAUCCUAUCUUGGUUUGGAGUUGCUGAACAUUUGUCAACUAUUGUUGACCAUAUACCAAAAGGAUAUACUCCUGACCCUUCACUCGAAUCUCUUCACAAACCUGAUUCUUGUCCACCAACUCAUCUGAAGUAUCCUGAGAGAUCUGUGUUUCAAUCAAGAGCGCAUAUAUUUCAAGCUAGAUCCCUCGUUGGCGCUGACACAUCAGGCCUUUCAGAUCCUUACUUGAAAAUAUACUAUGACAAGUGUAUUUUAGUUUCUCAGGUUAAAGAGAAAACAUUAUCACCAUGUUGGGAUCAGUUAAUAAUUGGAGCUCCCAUUAGUUUGAUUGGUACUAGAGAUGAUAUUAAAGCGUCUAAUUUAACUGCUCUUGUUGAAGUUUAUGAUCGUGACAUUAUUGGUGACGAUGAAUUUAUUGGAAGAGCCAAGGUAACUUUUGAUCAUGUACGCUUUGCUGAUGAAACUUAUGUAUAUCCUCGACUCAAUUGGUUCGAUGUUUCGCUGAAUGGCUCUGAAAGUGGUCAACUAUUGAUGGCUCUUGAGUUACUCCAGAUUAGUGAAAAAGAUAGUACAGAAGACUAUCCAGGAACAUUACCAGAACCAACCCAGGUGGUGGACAAUAUUAAGAUUUACUCUAUUCCUCAACAAAUAAGGCCAAAUCUGUCUAAAUAUAAAUUACAAGUCAUCUUUUGGGGCGUUCGUAAUUUAAAACGUGUUAAAUUGCUUUCUGUUGAUAAACCCAAAGCUGAAAUUGAACUUGGUGGAACCAUCAUUUCAUCAUCAGUUAUCCCAAAUUAUUCAAAGAAUCCUAAUUUUCCCAGUUUUCGUAAGGAAGUUGAACUAUUUUUGCCUGAUCAAGAGUUUUAUUGUCCACCAUUAUCAAUACGUGUUGGUGAUUGUCGAGCUUUUGGUCGAUUCACUCUCGUUGGUAGCCAUGUUAUCCGUUCACUGUCUAAAUACAUUUUCAAUAAAGAUAAGCAAAUUGAUUUGACUCAUUUACCCAAACGGCAUGUUAUCAUUGAUCUCGAUCAUUUAAAGCCUUUAUCAAUGAAUGAUCAACCUGAUGCCGUUAUAUCACCGGGAAGUGGAAAGGUCAUAAGAUUACCUGAUGAUGGAACCAUUGAGACAGAAAAAAAGGCAAAGAUGGAAUCAGGAGACAAGGAAGAAGUUGAUUGGUGGAUGAGAUAUUUUGCUUCGAAAAGCAAUGGAAAUGGAAAUGGCAUGAAUGGUCGUAGACAAUCAAGUCUUAUUCCAAAUCAUUUAACACUCAAAAUAUAUCCCGAUGAACUGGAGAAACGAUUCAAUGGUGAUAGUGCUGAUAAUAAAUUAACCUCGUUUCCUUUAAAAAGAGGUAAAUUUGAAGACGAUACCUCUGAUUUGAAAAAUAUGGGAGUCUUUAAAGGCGCUUUUAGAUUAUACAAAUACCCAUGGAAGAAUGGAAUUCAUCUUAUGGACAUUCUAACCAACAACGAUCCAGUCAAGGUUCUUGUUCGUGUUUACAUCGUGCGUGCAUAUGAUGUUGUACCAAGAGAUGCUAAUGGUAAAGCUGAUCUUUAUCCCAUCCUUAAACUCGGAUCCAAAAAGAUUGACGAUGUUGACAACUUUGUGCCAAAUUGUUUGGAUCCGAUAUUUGGACGCUUCUAUGAAUUUGAGGCCACUUUUCCUCAUGAAUCAACUUUGACAAUCUCGAUGAAAGAUCGUGAUGCAUUCUCAACUGAUGAAUUAAUUGGACUUACAACAAUAGAUCUUGAAGAUAGGUUCUACACCAGUCAUAGAUCUUCAUGUGGAUUACCAAGAUCAUAUCAAGUAUCAGGUCCUGGUAAAUGGCGGGAUUCACUCAAACCCAGUCAAAUAUUGACAAAAUUAUGUCGUGAUUUAAAAAUGUCGAAUCUUGUUAUAGCCAAGAAAUAUAUACAAAUUGGUAAGAUACUGUUCACUCGUAAGCAAGAUGCUUCCCCUGAAUCAGCUGAGAUUCCCCAUGAAGAUGAACAAUUAGCGUUAGGAGUACUCAAUUCAUGGAAAGAAGUAUUUGGCUACUCUCUUGUCCCUGAACAUGUGGAAACUCGUUCAUUAUAUCGACCUGAUAAACCUGGGGUUAAACAAGGCAAACUUGAAAUGUGGGUUGAUUUGUUUAGAUUGAGCGACCCUCGACCUCCACCACUAGAUAUAUCGCCAAGAGCACCUAGAAGUUAUGAAUUGCGAGUAAUAAUAUGGAAUACUAAAGAUGUUAUUUUAGAUGAUGAUUCAUUCGUGUCCGGUGAAAAAAUGUCUGAUAUUUACAUCAAAGGCUGGAUUGAUGAUCCUAAAUUAUCACAAUCAACUGAUAUACAUUAUCGUUCGGUUACCGGGGAAGGUAAUUUCAACUGGAGAUUUGUAUUUAGAUUUGAUUUUCUCCCGGCUGAAGGUGUGAUUAUAAUUAGACGUAAGGAUAACUUUUUCGCUCUUAAUUCAACUGAAUUGAAGUUACCCUGUCGAUUGAAUCUACAAGUUUGGGAUUACGAUUCUUUCUCUGGUGACGAUUUCCUUGGAUGUCUUCCUCUUAAUUUACUGGAGUUUCCUAGAGGAGCGAGAACAGCAAAAGAUUGUAGUUUAUCUAUUUUGAAUAACAAUUUAAGACAUUCCAAGAUUAAUUUGUUCAGAGAGAAACGGACAAGAGGUUGGUGGCCUUUUUAUGCAAAACUAUCUGGUGGUGAAGAAGAGUUGACAGGUAAAGUAGAAGCUGAUUUUGAGCUGUUGACUGCAGAAGAAGCUGAUGCUAAUCCAGUUGGCUUAGCACGUGAAGCCCCUCAACCUCUAGACCAGCCUCAACGACCUGAAAAUUCAUUUUUAUGGAUAACUAACCCAUGGAAAUCAUUUCGCUACAUUAUCUGGUCUCGUAGAAAAUGGUUUUUCCUUAAAAUGAUGAUCUUCAUCUUCUUAUUUCUCUUCAUUUUGCUAUUCGUCUAUUCAUUGCCGGGUUAUACGGUGAAAAAAAUUAUCGGAGCUUAACAUAUUUCCCUUGCGAUUAUGUGUCAAUAUGUAUUUCUUAAUUAAUUUGACAAAUCAAGUUUAUUCAACUUUACGCUUGAGUUCCAUUGGUACCAAUACAUGAACAAAUUGCGAUCAUUUUUCAUACUAAAUGGCUCACAAUCUCACAAUGAAAAUAUUGUAAUGUAAAUGACAACAGAACAAUAAAUACUCGAUAAAUUUAAUUUCGUUAAUAUUCA